GCUGCAGCUUUAUUGGCCUAAUCCCCAAAAAAAUAAUUAAAAAAGUCAUCAACUUGAUACGCUGCAUUUCUUCAUCACUCAACCUAAUCAAAGUUGAGACAUCUAAUUGGCCUUUUCUCCUUCCAUUUCUCUAUAUAAGCAACUCCAACUCCGUCGCUCUUUCGAGACCUCAUAAACAAAAACCCAAAGAAACACAAGGGAGGUGGGGAGGGAAAGAAAACUAAAACUAAAAUGGGUUCCAUUACCAUAGAGAAGCCCCAUGCUGUUUUAGUCCCUUAUCCAGCCCAAGGCCACAUAAAUCCUAUGCUAAGGCUGGGCAAGCUCCUCCACGCCAAAGGCUUCCACGUAACCUUCGUCAACACCGAGUACAACCACCGUCGCCUAGUCCGGUCGUGGGGCCCGGGCGUUGUCAAGGGCGUCGACGGCUUCCGGUUCGAGACCAUCCCCGACGGCUUACCCCCAUCGGACGUCGAGGCCACUCAAGACAUUCCCGCGCUUUGCGAUUCAACAACUAGAAAUUGCCUCGAACCUUUUCGGCAGUUGUUGAGGAAGCUGAACAGUAAUUCCCCGCCCGUGUCUUGUAUAGUAUCAGAUGGCGUUAUGAGCUUCACUCUUGACGCUGCUGAGGAGCUCGGCGUGCCUGAGGUCUUGUUUUGGACAACCAGCGCCUGUGGUUUUAUGGCGUAUCUCCACUAUCAUGAACUUGUGGCUAGGGGCCUCGCACCUCUCAGGGACAUGGCUGAUGUGACCAACGGAUAUCUCGACACUCCCGUCGAUUGCAUCCCGCGGAUGAACAAACUUCGCCUCAAGGAUUUCCCGAGCUUCAUCAGGACAACUGACCCGGACGACGUGAUGCUGAGAUUCGUGGUCCGCGAAACUAGCAGGGCGGCGAGAGCCACCGCAAUCCUCCUCAACACUUUCGACGAGCUAGAACGCCCGGUUCUCGAGGAAAUGGCAUCAAUCGUCCCUCCAGUCUACACAAUUGGUCCUCUCUUCCUACUAGCUAACCAAUUGCCAGCCAAUAGCCCUGUCAGAUCCUUAACCUCCAGCCUUUGGAAGCAAGACACUACUUGCACCGGUUGGCUUGACAGCAAAAGGCCUGGAUCCAUUGUGUACGUCAAUUUUGGGAGUAUAACCGUCAUGUCUACUGAACAGCUGGUAGAAUUCGCUUGGGGAUUGGCAAAAAGCGGGUAUGAUUUCUUGUGGGUGAUCCGGCCCGACUUAGUUAAGGGUGAGGAUGCUGUUUUGCCUCGAGAUUUCUUGGUCGAGACGAACGGCCGGAGCCUAUUAGUGAAUUGGUGUGACCAGGAGGCGGUGCUAUCGCACCCUGCGAUUGGAGGAUUCUUGACGCAUAGUGGAUGGAAUUCGACGCUAGAGAGCAUUUGCGCUGGCGUGCCAAUGAUAUGUUGGCCGUUCUUUGCCGAACAACAGACAAAUUGCCGAUAUGUUUGUGCCGAGUGGGAUAUCGGGAUGGAGAUUGAUGGUGACGUGAAAAGAAAGGAGGUUGAGGGGUUGAUAAGGGAGUUGAUGGGGGGUGAGAAGGGGAAGGAGCUGAGGAGGAGGGUAAUGGAGUUGAAAGAGAAAGGAGUGAAGGCAGCGGAGAAGGACGGAAGUUCUUCUGUGAACUUUGAGAGGAUGAUCAAGGAAGUACUUCUUGCAAACAACAUCUGAUUAAACUUACGAUUUGUUCCAAAUUAAAUGUGGCUGCAAUCUUUUUAAAUUCUACUUGUUUCUCUUUUUUACACGAAGUUAAUUAAUUAAUGAACCAUGCUCCUUGAUAAUA